AUGGUGUUGAAGGGGACACAAGAUGUGGUUAGGCACGGGGGUGCCGAAGGCAACACAAAGCUUGCGUAUCACAAGGCGAUGUGGCUAGGCACAGAGGUGCCGAAGGCAACACAAAGCUUGCGUGCACGAUGGUGCCGAAGGCAACACAAGAUGUGGCUAGGCACGGGGGGCCGAAGGCAACACAAAGCUUACGUGUCGCAAGACGAUGUGGCUAGGCAUGGAGAUGCCGAAGGGGACACAAAGUUUGCGUGUCGCAAAGCAAUGGGGCUAGGCACGGAGGUACCGAAGGCAACAAAUAGCUUGCAUGUCGCAAGGCAAUGUGGCUGGGCAUGCGGGUGCCGGAGGCGACACAAAGCUUGCGUGUUGCAAGGCGAUGUGGCUAGGCACGGGGGUGCCAACGGUAGGCUGCUUUUGCAAAUAUGUAUUCGGUAUGCUGGUGCCUUCAAACCCCAGGGUGUCUUCGGCACAAAUGGUGCUAAAGGGAGGGAAGAACAACAGAAGCUUCUUGUGUCGGUUCCCACAGACGGCCCCAAAAUGUUGAUGCUCAAAAUGGUGAGGACCUUAAGCAUGUGUGUAAAGACUUGGGCAAGCGAUAAAUGUAAAGAAGACAAGAUAUACGUGGUUCACCCUUAA